AUGUCUUCUAAUAAAGCUAUAAAAAAGGUAUUAAAAGGUAAAAAAAUAAUAGCUAGACCUUCUGUCGAACAUAGGAAACCAGUUGGUUAUAAUGAAUCACUUUUAUCUAGCUAUACUGAAGUUCAAAGAACUUCAAAUUGUAAAGAAUGUGUAAUUACCCUUUCAAUGGAUACUUAA